CGGUGGGCUAGCGAAAGCCUUUGUCUCCAGGGCGCGAGGCGCAGACCGUAGACCGCCGCCCGCCGCUGCCGGAGCCGCUUUGUGCCGCGGGGCGCGGAGCCGGCGGGCGCAGCCUCAGCAUGGACGUUACCGUCUCGGAGCUCAUGGAGCUCUUUCUGCAGAGCCCGCUGGUGACCUGGGUGAAAACUUUGGGCCCCUUUGGAGACGGCAACCAGAACCUGACUAUGUACAUGGAUUUGGUGGACGGCAUCUUUUUGAACCAGAUCAUGCUGCAAAUAGACCCCAGGCCCACCAACCAGCGCAUCAACAAGCACGUCAACAACGACGUGAACCUUCGCAUUCAGAACUUGACCAUCUUGGUGAGAAGCAUCAAGACCUACUACCAGGAAGUGCUCCAGCAGCUGAUCGUAAUGAAUCUGCCCAAUGUUUUGCUGAUUGGCAAAGACCCGCUGUCUGGGAAGAGUAUGGAGGAAAUUAAGAAGGUGCUGCUGCUGGUGCUGGGCUGUGCGGUCCAGUGUGAGAGGAAAGAGGAGUUCAUUGAGAGGAUCAAACAGCUGGACAUUGAGACCCAAGCCGGGAUCGUGGCCCACAUCCAGGAGGUGACCCACAACCAGGAGAACGUGUUCGACCUGCAGUGGCUGGAGGUCCCGGACGUGGCCCCUGAGGAGCUGGAGGCGCUGUCCAGGAGCAUGGUGCUCCACCUCCGCAGGCUCAUAGACGAGCGGGACGAGCGCACGGAGCUGAUCGUGGACCUCACGCAGGAGCGGGACUACCUGCAGGCCCAGCAGCCGCCCAGUCCACUCAAGUGCCCCAGCGCCGAGUCCACGCCCAGCCCGACCAGCAGCCUCUCCAGCGAGGACAGGCAGCACCUAGCCGUGGAGCUGGCCGACACCAAGGCCAGGCUGCGCCGCGUCAGGCAGGAGCUGGAGGAGAAGGCGGAGCAGCUCGUGGACAACCGGCACGAGGCGGACCAGCUGGCGCUGGAGCUGCAGAAAGUCAAGCAGGAGAACAUCCAGCUGGCGGCCGACGCCCGGUCUGCGCGUGCCUACCGCGACGAGCUGGACGCGCUGCGGGAGAAGGCGAGCCGCGUGGAGAGGCUGGAGAUGGAGCUGGGCCGCUGCCGCGAGAAGCUGCAUGACGUGGACUUCUACAAGGCCCGCAUGGAGGAGCUGAGGGAGGACAACAUGGUCCUCAUCGAGACCAAGUCCAUGCUGGAGGAGCAGCUGACGGCCGCCCGGGCCCGGGCCGACAAAGUGCACGAGCUGGAGAAGGAGAACCUGCAGCUGAAGUCGAAGCUGCACGACCUGGAGCUGGACCGGGACACAGACAAGAAACGCAUCGAGGAGCUGCUGGAAGAAAACAUGGUCCUCGAGAUUGCACAGAAGCAGAGCAUGAACGAGUCCGCCCACCUGGGCUGGGAGCUGGAGCAGCUGUCCAAGAAUGCGGACCUGUCGGACGCCUCCAGGAAGUCGUUCGUGUUUGAGCUGAACGAGUGCGCCUCCAGCCGCGUCCUGAAGCUGGAGAAGGAGAACCAGAGCCUCCAGAGCGCCGUCCAGGGGCUGCGGGACACGGCCCUGGCGCUGCAGGAGAGCAGCCUCAAGUGCGGGGAGCUGGAGAAGGAGAACCAGCAGCUCAGCAAGAAGAUCGAGAAGCUGCAGACCCAGCUGGAGAGGGAGAAGCAGAGCAACCAGGAUCUGGAGACCCUCGGCGAGGAGCUGAUCAAAGAGAAGGAGCAGCUGCAGAGUGACAUGGAGACCCUGAGGGCUGACCGAGCCAGGCAGAUCAAGGAUCUCGAGCAAGAGAAGGACCACCUCCACCAAACAGUGUGGUCGCUGCGGGAGAGGUCACAGGUCAGCAGCGAGGCCCGCGUGAAGGACAUCGAGAAGGAGAACAGAGCCCUGCACCAGACGGUGACGGAGAGCAGCGGCAAGCUGAGCAAGCUGGAGUCCGAGAAGCAGCAGCUGCUGCGGGACCUGGAGCAGGUGAAGGAGAAGGUGGACCGGGCGGCGGAGCUGGAGCAGGAGCUGCGGCGGCUGGAGAAGGAGAACGAGAAGCUGGCCCAGAAGGCCGCCUCCCUGGCGGCGGCCACGGAGAAGGCGGACACCCUGGAGCGCGAGAGCCAGAGCCUGACGCUGGAGAACCGGCGGCUGCGCAAGUCCCUGGACACCCUGCAGAACGUGUCGGUGCGGCUGGAGGCGCUGGAGCGGGACAACAGGCAGCUGGACGAGGAGAACCUGGAGCUGCGCAGGGCGGUGGAGGCCCUGCGCUUCACGGGCACCAAGAUGGCACAGAUCGAGAGGGAGAACCAGGAGCUGGAGCGGGAGAAGGAGGAGCUGAGGAAGAGCGUGGAGCUGCUGAAGGCCCUGAGCAAGAAGUCGGAGCGCCUGGAGCUCAGCUACCAGAGCCUGAGCGCCGAGAACCUGCGGCUGCAGCAGAGCCUGGAGAGCGGCGGCCAGAAGUCGCAGGCCCUGGAGCGAGAGCUUGGGGAGCUGGAGGCGGAGAACCAGACCCUGCAGCGGGACCUGGAGGCGCAGCGGCUGGCCAACAAGCAGCUGGAGCGCUCCGAGGCGGACCGGAAGGCCCUGGCGCAGGAGCUGGCCCAGCUGGAGAAAGACAAGAAGCUGCUGGAGAAGGAGGCGAAGCGGCUGUGGCAGCAGGUGGAGCUCAAGGACGCCGUGUUGGACGACAGCACGGCCAAGCUGGCCGCCGCCGAGAAGGAGAGCCGCGCCCUGGACAAGGAGCUGGCCCGCUGCAGGGACGCGGCCGCCAAGCUGAAGGAGCUGGAGAAGGACAACAGGGACCUCACCAAGCAAGUGACCAUGCACACGCGGACGCUGACGACCCUGAGAGAGGACCUGGUGCUGGAGAAGCUGAAGACACAGCAGCUGACCAGUGAGCUGGACAAGCUGAGCCAGGAGCUGGAGAAGGCCGGGCUCUCCAAGGAGCUGCUGCUGCAGGACGACAACAGCAGCAGUGACAUAAAACACAGGAUGUUGGAGGGCAGGAAUGAAUCGGCACUAAAAACGACCCUGGCCAUGAAGGAGGAGCAGAUUGUGUCCUUGGAGGCGCAGGUGGAAGCGAAGGCCAGCCUGAGCCACCAGCUGCAGAAGCAGCUGCAGGCGCUGCAGCAGGAGUGUGAGGUCCUCAGGCGGAACCAGGAGGAGGGGAAGCACUCGCAGAACUCCUUGAAACACCCCGCGGGCCCGUUGGUGGCCGGUCACCAGGGCAAGGAGAGCUGGGGGCCGAGCCACAAGGAAGCCACGAUGGAGCUGCUGCGGGUGAAGGACCGGGCCAUCGAGCUGGAGCGGAACAACGCAGCCCUGCAGGCCGAGAAGCAGCUGCUCAGGGACCAGCUGCAGCACCUGGAGACCCAGAACGUGGCCUUCAGCAGCCAGAUCCUGACGCUGCAGAAACAGAGCGCUUUCCUGCAGGAGCACAACACCACGCUGCAGACGCAGACGGCCAAGCUGCAGGUGGAGAAUUCCACCCUGACCUCCCAGAGCGCCUCGCUCACCGCGCAGUACACGCUGCUGCAGAACCAGCAGGCGGCCAAGGAGAGCGAGCUGGAGAACGCGCAGAAGCAGCAGGAGCGGCUGAAGGCCGCCUACGAGGCCCUGCUGCAGGACCACGAGCACCUGGGCGCACUGCACGAGCACCAGUCCACCGAGUACGAGGCCCUGAUCCGCCAGCACAGCUGCCUGCGGACGCUGCACCGGAACCUGGAGCUGGAGCACAAGGCGCUGGGGGAGAGGCACGAGGACAUGCUGAGGCACAAGGCGGAGCUGGAGGAGCUGGAGAAGGUGCUGACCACCGAGCGGGAGGCGCUGCGGCAGGAGCAGAGGUCGAACGCCGUGGCCGCGAGCGAGAACCAGAGGCUGCAGGGAGAGCUGGACAGGGUCAGCUUCCUGCACCAGCAGCUGAAGGGGGAGUACGAGGAGCUGCACGCACACACCAAGGAGCUGAAAACGGCGCUGAACACGGCGCAGCUGGAGCUGAACCGCUGGCAGGCGCGGUGCGACGAGCUGAAGCAGCAGCACCAGACCAUGGACAUCUCGCUGACCAAGCUGGACAACCACUGCGAGCUGCUGUCCCGUCUCAAGGGGAACUUGGAGGAAGAAAACCACCACCUCCUGAGCCAGAUCCAGCUGCUGAGCCAGCAGAACCAGAUGCUCCUGGAGCAGAACAUGGAGAGCAAGGAGCAGUACCACGAGGAGCAGAAGCAGUACAUAGACAAACUGAAUGCCUUGCGGAGACACAAGGAGAAACUGGAAGAAAAGAUCAUGGACCAGUACAAGUUCUACGACCCCGCUCCAAAGAAGAAGAACCACUGGAUCGGAGCCAAAGCCUUAGUCAAAUUCAUCAAACCAAAGAAAGAGGGUUCCCGGGAACGACCGAAGUCGACCGCCGACGACCCUCCCUGGCCGCUGGAGGCCUCGGACCCGGCCUCGCCCGCGGCAGCUUCCCAGCCUCUCAGGUCGCAGCCGGAGCCCUCCGAGGCCGCCCCGUCCGGCUCCAACUGUGUAGAGGAGCGAGACCCCCGCAACGGGCCCGCGGGGAAAGGCCCUGGGGACCUAAAACCAAAGCGAGGGUCCCCGCACAGCGGCGGCCCCGACCGCACGGACGCCUCCGCUGACCCGGCCCUGAAGCCCUGGCCCUCGGAGCUGGGCUCGCGGACUUGUUCAUCUGCAGCCACCGCCACGCCCCCUUCCAGCUCCACCCCCAUUUCCCGGCACCCCAGCCGCACCAAAGGCUAUAAUUCAGAUGACAGCCUCUGUGAGCCAUCCCUGGAGCUCGAGUUCACCAGCCACAGGCAGCAGGCGUCGCAGCCGGGCAGCUUGGAGAGCAGCAGGAACGCGUCCAGCGAGGGCUCGCCGCUCCCACUGAAGGGCUCCUCCGACCGACUCCACGGCAGGGCCGAGAGCUUCAGCAGCGAAGACCUGGUCCCGAGCAGGGACACGGCUCCUCUGCCCCGGGACGCCGGCACCCCAGGACGCACUGCCCUCGGCCGCCAGGAGCACCCGCCACCCCGGAACGGGCCUCUCGCCCAGGAGGGUGUCCAGAAGAGGGCCGUGGCCCAUCCCCACGCAGGGGUGCGGCCCUGCGCCUCCCCGAGCAGCGAGAUGGUCACCCUGGAGGAGUUCCUAGAGGAGAGCAACCGAGGCUCCCCCGUCCCCGACGCUCCCAGCUCCCGGGACGACCUGCUAAGCGACUACUUCAGGAAGGCCAACGAUCUCCCAGGCGUCGGAGGUCAGCCGGGACCGCCCGCCAGGAAAGAAGGGGCCAAGAUGCCAACCAGCCUGGUGGCCCCCACCAUCAAGAUGGCCAUCCACACCCCCGACGGGAGGCAGCUGAAGCCGGGGCAGUACGUGAAGCCGAACUUCAGACCUGCCGAGGCCGAUGCCCAGGCCCCGCCCAGCGCCCCCGGGAGGCAGGCCCAGCCCCCACAGAGCCUGUCUCUGGGUAGACCCCGGCCGGCCGCCCUGCCACCGGCCCCCCACCCAGCUGCCGGCCGCAGCGCGUCCCUGAGCCGGGCCUUCAGCCUGGCCUCCGCCGACCUGCUUCGGGCCAGCGGGCCGGACACCUGCAAACAGGAGUCCGUGCAGAAGCUGGGGGGCUCCGAGGCCUUGGGGGGCAGAGAAAUAGGCAGCCACACCCUGCUAAGCGCCACCCCCUCCAGCUCCCACAGCCUGGCCCGGGAGCGGACCCCACUUGUGGGAAAGGCCAGUGGCCCCUGCCAGGGCCCGGGUCCCCGAAGCCGGCCCCUGGACACGAGGCGCUUCUCACUGGCUCCCCCGAAGGAGGAGAGGCUGGCCCCCCUGCAGCAGUCCGCCACGGCCCCCGCCCUUGCCACCGGAGGCGGCGGCACCUCCUCCCAGCUCCCGCACGUCUCACCUGCUGUGGCCCCUGUCGCCAGGACGAAGCCCCCAAACCCCCCGCACUCGGGGGAAGUGGCUACUGUGGCCCCUGUCCGGGCGGGACUCGGCCUCUCGGAGGGGGACGGCGUCCCAGGGCCGGGCCCCAGAGAGGGGCUCCCCGCUAAGAGCCCCGCCAGGUCUCCCGACCUGGCUCCGCACCCCGGCCGGGCCCCCGAGGACUUUGGUCGUGGGAACAACCCCAAGAGCACGCCGGCGUCCCCGGAGCCGGGCGGGGACCCGCAGACGGUGUGGUACGAGUAUGGCUGCGUGUGACUCGUCCCCUGGACCU